CAUGUGUCGAUGUUUGCGGUUACGAUAUAAACAUUUUGAAUAAUAAUGAAUUUCGUUCUGAUUUUAAGUCGAAGGAAAUUAAUUUAUUUUCGAAAAAACUCGUACCGUUUCUUGAGUGAUCGAGGCGAUAAUUUUUCUAAAACUGUAUUGUUACCAAAAACUAAAUUUCCACAUCGAAUCGACUCGAGUAAACGUUUUUCUAGAGAUCAAGAAAUUCUGGAGAAAGCCAAGUUUUCUUCUUUAUAUGAUUGGCAAUUGGAAAAUAAUAAACAUGAUAUGUUUAUAUUACACGACGGGCCUCCGUACGCUAAUGGCGAACUUCACAUGGGUCAUGCUAUUAAUAAAAUUCUCAAAGAUAUAACAAAUCGUUAUAAAAUUUUACGUGGUUACAAAGUUCAUUAUGUACCAGGAUGGGACUGUCAUGGGUUACCUAUAGAAAUGAAGGCCAUUGAUACGGAUGUUUUGGACAGAUUCCAUUCGCCAUUAGAAAUUAUAAGUAAAGCUAAAAAAUAUGCUGAAAGGGUUGUGAAAGAGCAAAGGAAAAGUUUUCUACAAUGGGGAAUAAUAGGAGAUUGGAAUAAUUGUUACAAGACUUUAGAUUCUUCUUAUGUAACAAGACAACUUGAAUUAUUUUACCAAUUAUACAAAAAGGGAUUGAUAUUUCGGGAUUACAAACCUACGUAUUGGUCUCCAGUGAAUAGAACUGCUCUGGCAGAGGCCGAAUUGGAAUAUCAUGAAGAUCACCAGAGCUUAUCUGUUUAUGUAAAGUUUCCUCUAGUUAAUGUUCCAGAUUUUUUGAAGAAUUAUCUUAACAAUGGGAAGGUGCAUGGUGUGAUAUGGACGACCACACCUUGGACAUUGCCUGCUAAUCAGGCAAUUGGUUUUGCAUCUAAUAAAGAUUAUUGUUUAGCAAAAAUUAAAUCAAACAGUACAAUUAUUAUUGGAAGUGAUUUAAUUUCUGAUUUUGAGAAAACACUAGGAAUAGAAUUACAAAUUCUUACAAUAUUUCAAGGUAAUUUAUUGAAAAAUGUUAUGUACAGUCAUCCUUUAAAUCAAAGUAGUAAGUUUCCUUUUGUUGAAAACAGUUUUGUAUCUAUGUCAAAAGGUACAGGUUUAGUUCACAUGGCUCCAAAUCAUGGCCAUGAAGAUUAUUCUAUUGCUUUGCAAAACAAAAUACCUAUUACCAAAUGUAUUGUAGAUGAGGAUGGAUGUUUCACAAAAUUGGCUGGUGAAGAAUUAGAUGGAUUAAAUAUAUUUACUACUGGCACUGAAACUGUAUUAAAAUUAUUUAAAGAUUAUGUGUUGCAUACAACGUAUUAUGAACAUAGUUACCCGUAUGAUUGGAGAAGUAAAAAACCGGUCAUAAUUCGAGCCAGCAGGCAGUGGUUUUUUAAUACAGACUGCCUAAAACCAAGAGUUUUAUCGUGUCUUGAUAAUGUUUCUACACAUCCUCCAAUAGCUAAGAAAUUGCUUUAUGACACUAUAAAAAAUUGUCCGUUAUGGUGCAUAUCUCGUCAACGCGUCUGGGGUGUUCCUGUACCAAUAUUUUAUAGAUUACCGAAUGAAGAACCAGUACUUACUAGACCAAUUAUUGAUCAUUUAAAACAAUUAUUUACUGAUAAAAAUAUUGAUUGUUGGUGGUCACUAUCUGAAGAAGAAUUGCUUCCAGAAAAAGUGUUAAAAGCCAGUCAGUUGCCAAUAAAUGACAAUUACAGAAGAGGAAAUGAUAUUCUUGAUAUUUGGUUUGAUAGUGGAAUCAGUUGGUACAAUGUAAUUCCAAAUGAUCAUAUUGCAGACUUUUACAUGGAAGGUAUUGAUCAAGUAAGAGGUUGGUUUCAGUCUUCUCUUUGGACUAGUGUUGCUAUGCAGGAUAAACCACCAUAUAAAUCAUUAUUUAUACAUGGAUUUGCCUUAGACUCUAAAGGAAGAAAGAUGUCAAAGUCUGUUGGAAAUGUUGUUAGUCCAAAUUUAAUUAUCAAAGGUGACAAAAGCAAUCCUUCUUAUGGGAUAGAUGUAUUACGAUGGUGGGUUGCUGCUCAUGCUUGUCACUUUGAUAAUUGUUUAGUGAGUGAUCAUGUCAUCAAGGAAUGUGCUGAAAAUCUAAAUAAAAUUCGUAAUGUUUUUCGUUUCUUGAUAGGUAAUCUUAACCAGUUUGAUACUGUGACAAAUUUGCGUAAUUUUGAAUCAUUAAAUCUUGUAGAUCGUUACAUGUUACAUCUUAUUUACAAUUUCAUGAAAGAAAUGGCAGAAUUAUAUGAUAAUUUCAAUUAUGGACACAUAACGCGACGCAUAUUAAACUUUGUCACAAAUGAUAUAUCAUUUUACUUCAAUACUGUGAAAGAUAGGCUAUACUGUGAAGAACAAUAUUCUGAAACUAGAUUAUCUUGUCAAACAACUUUUUAUCAUAUUUUAACUGCUUUAACAAGUGUAUUAGCCCCAUUUACACCUCAUUUAGUUGAAGAAGUUUAUCAAUAUUUACCAAAUAGUCAAGAAAUAUUUAAAAUAGGUUGGAAAAAGUGUAGUGACAAAUGGUUACAGGAAGAUGUUGCAGAGAUAUUGUAUGCUGUACAAAGUAUUAAAAGUGCCAUAAACAAAAUAACUGACAUAAAUCCAAGAGAAUUUGAUGCUAUUAUACAUACAACUGAUGAUUUAUAUAAUUGUCUAAAAAUGUUGCAUAAUGAUAAAACUUGUACUGAUUCUUUGUUAUGUGAACUGUUGCAAAUGUCACAGAUAACAUUGACAAAUCAUUUACCAGAAGCUGUACCUAAGGAUGCAAAAAUUAGUUAUGGAAACGUAAUAUUGUCACAAUGUCACAGUGAUAAUCCAAUUGAUUUCAAAGUUUUUCUUCUGUCAGCAAAAUUGAAGUUUUGUUCUCGAUGUAGAAGGUACGCUUCAAAAAAAGAAAAUGAACUCUGUCCAAGAUGUUCAAGAGUAUUGGAAUCUUUUAAAUUAAAAGCAGUUGUCUAAUAUUCAAUAAAAUUUUUAAAAUAAAUUUAAUAAUUUAUAUU